CAGAUAGUCCUGGACACGAGAGGACUUCUCGUCAAUGCUGAAAGGUCAACCUUUCCCGUCAUCCUCCAGGAAAUUUCGCGCCAUUUUGAAAACAGAGAAGAACGAAAGAGGGUGUUGAGAGAAAACGUUCUGUAUUUUCUCACCUGCCUACACCUGUCCACACCUGCGCCAUGCCGGGACUUCUGCAGACUUGUGAGGAACUGUUCUCUACCCGUGACCUUUACAAGGUCAUAGGAGUGGAGAACACGGCGUCUGAAAAGGAAGUGAAGAAAGGUUACUACCGGAUGUCCAUGAGGUUUCACCCCGACAGGAACUCAGAAGACGAGAAGUCCACAGAGAAGUUCCAGGCCCUCAGCAAAGUCUACUCCGUUCUGUCUGACAGCGGGAAAAGGGCGCUGUAUGAUGAGAGUGGAGAGGUGGAAGAUGAGGUAGAUGUUGACCAAGACAGAGACUGGGUCUCCUACUGGCGGCUUCUGUUCCCACAAGUCACUCUGCAGGCAAUCAAAGAGUUUGAGCAGAAGUACAAAGGUUCAGAAGAGGAGCUGGAGGACCUGAAGGCUGCUUAUCUCGAACAUGAGGGGGACAUGGACGGCAUCAUGGAGUCCGUUACCCUGGCAACCAUGGAAGACGAGCCUCGGUUUCGCGGCCUGCUACAGGAGCUUGUGGAGUCUGAUGACCUGCCAGACUACGCUGCGUUCUCACAGGAGGGGAGGAGCAAGAAACAGCACCGGAAACGCAAGGCUAAGAAAGAGGCUAAGGAGGCGGAGGCGAUGCGGAAGGAGCUGGGGAUGGACGACUCGGAAGACGCGCUGAAGAAGAUGAUCGCUCAGCGGAACCAGAGCAGGGAAACCGGGUUUAACAGCUUCAUGGCAGACCUGGAGGCCAGAUACGCGCCCAAGGGGAAGAAAACUAAGAAAGGGAAGAAAUGAGUAGUUUUGAACAUGACAACAAGGAACACUGCAGGGAAACGAAGAAAGGGAAAAAUGAGCAGUGCUAAUGAAAACAUGGGACUCCAAUAGAGGUUUCUAGAUCACUGGUACAGACUUGUUCUUAUGACUUAAUGUGUGGCCCAACGAUACUCAUAUAUAAGUCAUAACCCCCAUAAGAUGUGCACCCAAGGGCAAGAAAGGGAAGAAAUGAACAGUGCUUAAAACGUAAAAACAAGAAGCACUGCUGGGAAACUGACUUUUGUUUAUGCUGUAACAUGAAAAGUAUUACUCUGAUGAUAGUAAGUAGGUUUGUAGAUCCCUGGAACAGAUUCUUCUUGAUGACUACAAUAUGUGGGCCGCUGAUAC